AUGAAGCGUUCGCAUGAUGAUUCGGAUGUUUCUUCUCUCUCAGAAGAUGAUGAUUACGUUCCAUACGUUCCCAUAAAAGAGCGAAAAAAGCAACAGCUGUAUGCUGUGCGACAAGCUUUGGGAAAUCUCGCCUAUUCUGAGGCCACAGAAUCGGAUCAUGAAGAUGAAAAGGCAUCAAAAUGCGGUAAAACUUCCUACGAAAGUUCUGAAACAGCCGACGGUUCGGGUCUGCCACCAUCCAACCCUGAACAGAAAAGUGCUGACUUAGACCUUCAAGAAAACGUUGGACCUAAAGCCAAAGGCAGUCUCUUCGAUACUAUGUGGGAAUUAAAGAGACAAGCAGAAGAAAAGAGAGAGACAGAACGGGACAAGAAACUGAAAGAAGAAGCAUUAAUUUUGAAUAGUGUUACGGAGAAGACUGCUUUGAAGGGUGUUGGUGAAAUUGCUAUGGGUAUUCACUACGAUAAGCCAAUCCAAACAGGAUGGAGACCAGCACCGUGGAUAGAGAAUAUGGAUGAGGAAAAGCGGGAAGCAAUACGUCGUCGUUAUCGCAUUUUAGUGGAGGGUGACAACGUACCCCCACCAAUUCGUUCCUUUGCUGAGAUGUGUCUUCCUCGAAUUGUUGUUGAAGAGUUGGCUGCACGUGGAAUAGUGAAACCGACACCCAUUCAAAUGCAAGGUUUGCCAGCAGUUCUCUCAGGUCGAGAUAUGAUUGGAAUCGCUUUCACUGGUUCUGGGAAAACAAUGGUAUUUGCCCUACCCAUCCUUAUGUUCGCUCUCGAUCAAGAGUCUAAAAUACCAUUCUUGCCCAGUGAAGGACCCUACGGCCUAAUUCUUGGACCUUCCCGUGAGUUGGCUCGUCAAACACAAGAGGUUAUAACCCAAUUAGCCUCAAAAAUGGCUAAAGCCGGCUAUCCAGAAGUUCGUGUCGGUCUGUGCAUUGGUGGUAUGGCCGUCAAAGAUCAAGUGGAGACAUUCAGACGUUCUGGCAUUCAUAUUCUCGUUGCCACACCCGGCAGACUCAUUGAUUUACUAGAAAAGAAGUUUUUAAACCUGGAGAUCUGCCGUUAUCUCGUUCUAGAUGAGGCGGACAGAAUGAUCGAUAUGGGCUUUGAGGAAGAAGUUCGUACUAUCUUCUCAUAUUUCAAGGGUCAACGUCAAACACUUCUUUUCUCAGCCACCAUGCCGAAGAAGAUCCAGAAUUUUGCCAAAUCGGCAUUGGUGAAACCCGUCACAGUGAAUGUUGGUCGAGCCGGUGCUGCUAGCUUGAAUGUCGCGCAAGAAGUUACCUACGUCAAACUCGAGGCAAAGAUACCUGAGCUUCUGGAAACACUGCAGAAGACCUCUCCACCGGUAAUCAUAUUCGCCGAACGCAAGCAAGACGUGGAUGCAAUUCACGAAUAUCUUCUUUUGAAGGGUGUCGAUGCUGUUUCAAUCCAUGGAGGCAAGGAUCAGGAGGAACGAGUCGCUGCUGUGAAGGCUUUCCGCGAUCGACAACGGGAUGUUCUUGUCGCUACUGAUGUCGCUAGCAAGGGUUUGGACUUUCCAGAGAUCAUGCAUGUCAUCAACUAUGAUAUGCCCGAGGAUAUCGAGAACUAUGGUAAUUUGAUCUUGUAA